AAAACAAGGUUAUGUGUAGCUCUGUGCGAGAGACUUUUAGUUUUCCUUAUGAUUAUGUCCUCAACUAUGGCAGCUAUCGAAGAAGGCUCACUGUUGAACACGAGUUUCUUCGUAAAACCACGCCUAAAUCUCCAUAACAGAACACUACAAAUUGCAAGCGUCCACAGAGUACCAUUCCAAAAUAUCACAACGCUACCCAACGGAGGAUACCAGGCCAGUGGAUUCAUCUUUGAAAUCGUUAACCACCUGGCUCACUACUUUAACUUCAGCUACAACAUAGUGAUACCCGAAGACAACUCCUUUGGGAAAUUGGUAAAACACGAAAAUGGAACAGAGUCGUGGAACGGAAUGAUGAGGUUACUUCUGGACAAAAAAGUUGAUCUGGCAGCUGGACCGUUCACAGUAAAUGUUGAUCGUCGUCGCGUGGUUAAUUUUAGCGAAACUUUGUUCUCUGACGAUAUAGGAGUUUUAGUAAAGAAACCAGAAAAGAAAGACAAUACAGAGAAACUUCUGGCACCGUUUACUUUGCGGGUGUGGUGUGCAAUAAUUUUAGCUACAAUCUUUAUGGGAUUAACGUUGUUCGGCGUACUGUGUCUUCAGACAUACCUUCUUUGUUCUGGAGAAGAAAGUGGCGAAAAAUACAACUACAGUUUAUCGAAAUGCAUGUGGUUUGUAUAUUCAGGGCUUGUUAAACAAGGUGCUGAAGACGUUCCCAUCUCCGACUCAGUAAGGAUCCUCUUCGCCACCUGGUGGAUGUUUACGUUACUCGUGACUGCCUUUUACACUGGGAACCUCACGGCUUUCUUGACCUCAUCCGUAUACAAGCUGGGUAAUUCUUUAGAAUCCGUACUGAAUGAUCCAACGACAAAAUGGCUUGUCGAUUACGGAAGUGCUCUAGACUCGGCAAUUGAGUUUCCCACUGACACAUCUUUUAGGCAGCUCCAUGCAUCAAGGUUGAAAGGAAAAUGUGAUACGACCGAAGGAGACGAUGAGGCUGUGAUUCUUGUAGAAAAAGGAGGCUACAUUUUCUUCCGAGAAGUCAACGUUUUAAACUACCUGAUACGCCGAAGUUUUCGCAAGCAUAGAGGAAAAUGUGUCCUGACUAAAGGUUGGGUUACAUUCUACAGAAGACAGAAUGCCAUACCUUACGCUCCAGAUAGUCUGUACGCUGAAGACUUCAAUCUUAUGAUCAAGCAACUUAGAGCAGCAGGACUGAUUGAAAAAUGGAAAGAACAGUACUUCCCUAAUAUGGAGUCUUGCUUCUUAAGUCGAUCGAAAUCUUUUAAUACCCAGGAAGAAGCGCUUUCAGUAUUUGAACUGGCAAGUGCAUUCUAUCUGUAUAGCGGAGGUGUUGCCUUGGGAAUUGCUGUUCUCAUAAUAGAAAAUGUAUGGAGAAAUAUAUUUGGAAAUAAUAAGAACGAUUCAAAAAUGGCUGCGUGGUUAAAACGUUAGUUCGGUCUACUUAGUUAUUGUGAAAUACCCAUUUUAACGUCACAAUUUCAAGACCCGCAGUAUAUAUAUGUUUCCAAGAAAUGCUACUAAAAGAUUUAUUUGUGUAUAAGGUCUAACUAGGAUUAAGAUUUUAUAUUCCAUGGCGUUAUUUUAUGCUUUUUAGUAGUUAUUUUAUCAAAGAUAUAUUGAUAUGUGCAUAGUCAAAUGGGAAUGUAAUAUAUUAGCAUUGUUUUUACAAUUUCCAAAAGGUAUCACAGACCUUCACAUAAAAUGGCCUACUAUAUAUAUAUACCCGAAGCCUGUCCAAUACAUUGAUAUAUUAGAUGUAAAAUUUAAUUAUUCAAUUAAUAUUCCAUAAAUGUACCCCGUUCAUUUUAUCGACUUUCUCAAACAUGUUGUGACGUAAAAGUUGCUACUAGUUAGGUUGAAAACACCUGUAGGGAAUCUUAAGCCCCAGGAUAAAUGAAAAUAAAACAAACCAUAGAUGUGGACAAAAUAUACGAGAACUCAGUUUAAACAUUGAGUGAAGUUGAACAUAUUCGGAGGAGUUAAAACCUGUCUAUUUAGCAACAAAUAAACUUGUUUUGUUUAUAAACAAACAACAAGAAACUGAGGUGACGUUGCCAAAUCAUAUUUAGUUUCCCAAAGUGGCAGAGA